GUGUUGCAGCUCAACAGAAAUAAGUUAGGAGGACCACUGCCAAGCUCUGUUGCCAAUCUUUCAACCAUGCUCCAAUGGUUAGUAUUAGCCAACAACCAUUUUUCUGGUGUUUUACCGAUCGACAUCGGUCGAUAUGUGAAUUUGCAGAAUCUCGACAUGAAGCAGAACUUGUUUAUCAGUGGUGAUAUUCCUCCAUCAAUUGGAAAUCUUCAAAAUUUGCAACUAUUGGAUCUAUCAACAAACAAUUUUUCUCAACUCAUUCCAGACUCUCUUGGCAACCUCACUCAAUUGAGUGAGCUGUAUUUAGGUGGCAAUAUCUUGCAAGGGAGCAUACCUACAAGUCUGGGAAACCUACAAUCUUUGAGGCAUUUUGAUCUUUCUUACAAUAAUCUUUCUGGGAGAAUUCCUAAAGAAGUUGUCAGCAUUGCGUCGAUCACAACCUUCUUUGGUUUGUCUCAUAACUCACUUACAGGGCCAUUACCUUCAGAGAUCGGUACCUUGAAGAAUGUCAUAGAAUUGGAUGUAUCAGAGAACCAUUUAUCCGGUGAGAUUCCGAUAAGCAUAGGAAAAUGUCAACUACUGAAAAGGCUAUACAUAAAUGGCAAUUCCUUUCAAGGCAUCAUUCCAUCAUCCAUGAGUGAUUUGAAAGGCAUUGAAGAGCUUGAUCUUUCAAGAAACAACUUCUCUGGCAGCAUUCCUCAAUUUCUGACAGAUUUCAAGUUUUUACACUAUCUAAACCUUUCCUUCAAUGAGUUCAAUGGCGACGUACCAAAGGGAGGAGUGUUCGACAAUGUGACUGGAGUUUCAGUGCAGGGAAAUGACAACAUCUGUGGUGGUAAUCAGGUGUUACACUUGCCACAAUGCAACAUAGAAUCUAAGAAUAAGAAAGGACACUGGAAAUCUCUGAAGCUCAAAGUGAUACUCUCUGUUUCUCUAGUCCUUGUGUUCUUACUGCUCUUGAUUAUAAGCUUGAUACUUAUCAGGCACUGGAAGCAAAAGUCAAAGCUGAAAUCUCAGUCCAAGAUUCCAGGCGAACAGCAACAGUUUAUGAAGGUCUCUUAUGCAGAGCUUCUUAGAUCAACAGAAGAAUUCUCUCCUGCAAAUUUGAUUGGUGUUGGAAGCUAUGGCUCGGUGUAUAAAGGAAUAAUGGAUUUGGAUGGCGAAAAAGUUAUUGCUGUCAAAGUACUGAACCUUCAACAACGAGGAGCUUCGAAGAGCUUUAUUGCUGAAUGCGAGGCAUUGAGGAACAUUCGGCAUCGAAAUCUCAUCAAGAUACUAACUUCUUGCUCGAGUGUCGACUUCAAAGGCAAUGACUUCAAAGCUCUAGUGUUCGAGUACAUGCCUAAUGGAAGUCUCGAGCAAUGGUUGCAUCCUACAGAAGAUGAACAAAGCCAAGUGAGAAGUCUGAGUUUCAUCAAAAGAUUGAAAAUAGCUAUCAAUAUCGCCACUGCAUUGGAUUACCUCCAUCACCACAGCUCAAUGCAGAUUGUGCAUUGUGAUCUAAAGCCAAGCAAUGUUCUUCUCGACGAAAACAUGACAGCUCACGUCGGAGACUUCGGUCUUGCAAGGUUGCUAGAUAAUAAAAUUCCCAAGCCAUCAUCAAGACAUUCAAACAGUUCAACAGGAACAAUGAAGGGAACAAUUGGAUAUGUUGCCCCAGAGUAUGGAGUAGCCAACCAAGUGUCACCUCAUGGAGAUGUGUACAGUUAUGGAAUAGUCUUGCUAGAGAUGUUCACAGGAAGGAGACCAGUACAAGAGAUUUUCAGAGAAGGACUAAGUCUUCACUCAUUUGUUGAGAUGGCAUUGCCUGAAAGAGUUAAAGAAGUUACAGAUCAAAGGUUGCUAGAUUUUGAUGAUGAUGAUGAUGAUGAAGAGAAUAGUGAAAUAGAAGCAAUGCUUGAUAGCUUAACAUCAGUUCUGAAGAUCGGCUUAGUUUGCUCAAAUGAAAGAGUGACAGAUCGAAUGAGUAUGGGAGAUGUUGUGAAUGGAUUGCAUGGAAUCAAGGACUCAUUUCUCUGCUCUAAAACCAGAGCAAACAGAGCAAACAGAGCAAACUUGAAAGGUGAAGGUUCAUCCCAAACUAGUGUGUUGGAAAGGAAGAGAAUGAGUUGAUCUUGAUGGAAGAUCACAAUAACGUUUUAUUGUAUGCAUUGCAAAUCUUGGAUUGUUUUCCAGUGUUAUAUAUGAUGGAGAAUUCUCAUUUAUGUUCAGUCUUAUUGAGU